AUGGCUUCGGAAUUAAAUAUGAUCGAAGUGUUUGAUCCGAAUUUCAAAUACAUGUACAUGGUGCCAUCGCACUUGGUGGUGCACACGCCACCAACACCAGCGCGACUCGGUGUUUCUCGCCUUGUUGCUUGUCGUAACUAUGUGCCUGGUAACGAGGGCUCGUGUACGAAGGAAGAGAGGUGCCGCUUUGUUCAUGCCGACGUGGACUUCGAGACGCUGGAGGCGCAGCCGGUUCAUGCGAAUUACAUCUGGCGUCAUGAAGACUUGUGCACGUACAGCCGCCUUCCGCCCGGAUGUGAGCUUGACGUGUUGCUGCCGAACAACAGACAGCCCGCGGAGAGGAUCCCAAGCGAACGCAUUCUUGUGACGCAAGGUGCCCUUCCGCCCUCCAAGGGGAAGGCCCGACCACUAUCACACUGCGCACACUACUACUUCAACCAUCUCUGCAUUCGUGGCGAAAGCUGCAGCUUCAUUCAUGCUGUGUGCGUAGAUCCGAGUAUUUCUGGAGACUUCAAGCGCGCCCUGGGCCGCCAACGCCGCCAGCGUGCGUCAAAUCACUCCAAAAAUGGGGCAUCGAGGGUGGACAACAAUUACCAGCAACAGCACCUCUACCCGCAAAAGCAAAAUGCCAUGGUGCAGAUGCCCCUAAUGUUGGGUGAGGAGGCCUGCUGCGUUGUGCAACAGGAGAUGGCGGUGCCUGUUGACGCAGCGCCUGUUCAGUGGGCACAGGAGAGCACGCCGUCAACAAUGAGUAGUGAGGGACCGCGCCACAGUGGGAAUAGCAAGGAUGUUACGCCUUUCUUGUCACCUAACCCUGGCUGCCGUAAGGUGAUUGAUGCACCGGAAGCCACCAGUGCUGUCCGUCCCUUGGACGAACGCCGUGGUCGCUUUUACCGUCACGAUCCAUACCGUUGUCUCUAG